AUGUUUAGAGAAAUUUGUCAAUUAAUAGCCGGCGAUUUAGAUAAUCAAUUGAAUACGUUGUCUAAUUAUCAGACAAAUCGAGCUAGUUUAAUUGAGCAGUAUAAGACAAGUGCAAAGAAAUACUGGAAUAUUGCUAUUGAAUAUAAAUAUGCAAGAAAACAUGAGUGGAAUUAUGUGAAACGAGAAAAACGGGAAGCUUUAUCGCGUUUAACCGAUGAAGAAUUAGAAAAUUAUCAGCAAUAUUAUGCAGUUAGUGCGUAUGAAUAUGACCGAGCUGCAGCAAGAGAACUCGAAGCAGCAGGCAACAAAGAAAAACUAGCCGAGCAAGUUGACUUGAAAAAGUGGAUGGCUCUUACGCUAUACAACGCCGGUAAUAGUCUAUCCUUCGAAGCGCAAAUUUAUGCUCUUGCUGGGAUUUAUUUGUUAGUAACCAAUGAUAAGGAUAAUCGUUGUAAAGAUGACUUUGAGGCAUUAGAAAAGCUUCUGCGGAAAAUCCGUCGUUCAGAAACACUAUUGUCCACAGCUUCAAAUGAGAGAGUCAACAAUGUAAAAGAUAAAUCAGUAUUGACUAAAGCUAUAAUGGCUUACAGACAAGGUUCUAUCACAUUAAAACAAUUUCAAAGUGAUCUUUUGUCGGAAUUACGAUUUACUAUUCUCAACAAAAAUUCUUUCCGAGAUAGAAAAAAAACAGAACUAGGCUUGAGUUCGAGCAGUAUACCCAGUGGUGUUGAUAUUGGUAUUUCAUAUUUAAUUGGUGAUGUUUUAUUGGGAAAUAAAUUUCAGGACGCAAAUCAAUCUAAUCUACAACACUCUAAAAUCGGUGAACUUAUAACAACAAUUAUAAACAAUGCGCUACACCAUUACAACAAAGGGCAGUACAGUGAAUUUCUUUAUACCUUAACCACUCACUAUGCUAAACCAAAAUUGUUAGUAGGGAUUAAACAAAUAAAACAAGGUAAUAGUUGUAAAAUUUUGCUUGACAUCCGACCUACUGUGAUUGUGGAAGAACUUUUGAGCUACGAUUUUUCACCCGAAGGAGUUGCCAAUUUUCUCGUUUUGCUUGGCGAAGUUUUGCUCAGUGAACCUGAUUUAAAACCGAAAAAAGAGCUCACUGGCGAUAUACGUCUGGAGUUACCAAAUUAUCCUGAUUUCAUAUAUUUUGCAACAAUAUUAUUUGAGGAAGUUUUGAAAAAUACACAGCUGACAGAACGAGCCAAAAAUAUUGACAGUAAGAUUGAAUCGAGAAUCUCAUUUGUAGAAACAAGAUGCAUAGAACGUCUUGAAAAAAGCUUAGUAGAUUGUACUUAUUCUAUGCCAAAUGAGUACACAACAGAGAGAUUAAUUGUUUCUGCUAGUGUUCGUCUAGAAGCAGUAAAACUUGUUACAAAACUUAAUUACGCCAUUGCACAAAUGAUUGUCGGAGACACAGAGAGUUUACAGAAAAGUGUCCAGAUGAUUAAAAAUGUCAAAGAAGAAUUGAUGAAAGAUCUUACGGAAGAAAAAAUGUUUGUCGUAAGCGAAAUUCGUCUUCAAGCGUUGACAGACAUUUUCACUACGUUUGGUUAUCCUGAUGAUGUAAAAUAUGCUAGGAAAAAACUAGUUUUUGGUAGUAAAAAAAUCACUGGUCCAAGAAGUGAUCUAUUUAUAAAAAAUAUCAAUAAAGUUUUAAAAGAUGAUCAGACAGUUUUACAGUGUAAACUACCGAUUUUAUUUGAUGAUAAUGAAAUUGACGAGUUUGAAUUGUUGGAUAAAGUUUUAAAUCAAGUUCUGAAAUUGAAUAAAACGCAAUUUUUGAAAGAUGUGUGUUACUAUUAUCAAAAUUAUGCUGACCCAUUAACAUCCUUAAUAAAAAAGAUGAUAAGAAAAGAAAAGUUUUCCAAUAUCAAUGAAUGGAUGACAUCGUUUUUACAACAAAUAAAAUCAUUGAAUUUUCACUAUUUACCGAUUUUAUCUCUGUUGCAUAAUCUAAUUUUUAUACCAUGUACUGUAAAAAGCCAUCAAGAGCAUAAAUUUGUAUUUGUUCCAAUUAAAGAAGUGAUUGAUGUUUCUAAACAACAGGAAAAAGUUUCUGUAUAUAUUAUAACGGAAGAAAAGAACAGCCCAGAAGAUGUUAGACCAGUAAAAGGUGCUUUUGUGCUCAGUGAGAUUUCAUUGAAUUAUAUAUAUAAUCAGUUAGAUUCGGCUACAGAUAAAAUAACUCAAAGUCAUUUGGUAAAUUUAAUUGCGCUUCAUUAUCAGCGACAAGCUGAAAAAAUUGAUAAAACCAACCAUAUAGAAGCAUUAAGCAUAUGGGUUACAGCGCAGAAAUAUUACAGUCACUCGUUAACACUCAUUCCAUAUAAUUUAAAAGCAACGCUCGGCUAUGCUACAUGCUUAGUAAAGUUAGGUAAAUAUCACUUAGCUGAGAAGGUUUUGGAGAAAAAAGUUGAAAAAAAAACAUAUUUGUGUGAUCCACCAGAAAAAUGGCUUCUCUUAGGUAUUGUAAAACGCAAAUUGCAAAACUAUGAUCAGGCUAAGAAUGCUGUUGAAACAGCACUCAGAUUGAAAGAGAACUAUGUCGAAGCAAAAAAUGAAUUGAACUUGAUAUUGAAAUUACGACAAGAAACAGCUGCACAACGAAUCAAAUUAUACAACAAAAUGAGUUUGAUUCAUACCGAACCUAAAUCCCAUCAAUACAAUAUUCUUUCUAUUGACGGUGGUGGCAUUAGAGGAUUAAUACCGGCCAUCUGGAUUAGUGAGUUAGAACGAAGAACUCAAUUGAGCAGCUCCUCUAUGUUUCACAUGAUGGCUGGAACAUCAACUGGAGGGAUCCUAGCUGCUGGUCUUUCGUUACCAGAUAAACCUGGUAUCAUAAAACCGCGUUAUAAAGCUGUGGAUUUUGUUCAAUUGUACACAGUCCAUUCUAAAAGAAUAUUUUCUUGUUCGUCAGUCUUAGAGAAGAUUUUAAAAUUAGGGAUUAAAUAUACUGAUGAGGGACGAAAGGCCUUGUUCGAGCAAUAUUUUGGAGAUACUCAGUUAUCUCAAACACUGACUGAUCUUGUCAUAACGGCGACUACCUUUCGCAGUUGUACUACAGAGCUAUUUCAACGAAGUGAGGCUAUUAAUGAUUACAGGAAAAAUUAUAAACUUGUUGAUGUUCUGAUGUGUACAACAGCUGCACCAAUGUAUUUUCCAUCUUAUCGCUUGCAUGAUACUGUUUUUGUCGACGGUGGAGUUCAAGCUAAUAAUCCAGCAAUGUGUGCCUAUAUUGAGGCAUGUAAGAAAAAUGUCAAACGUGAGGAUAUUUUUAUUCUAUCUCUUGGUACAGGCGAUUAUGUACCAGAUCCAUUGAAUCCGAAUGCUAAGCGACAUCUUUUAUUUUGGUUAACUAAUAAGCGUGAUGCUUUGAGUGUCUAUUUGAAUGGUCCAGAACGUAAUAUUGAUUAUCAAUUAAGUAAUAUAUUAGGUAGUGAUCAUUAUAACCGAUGGCAGAUUUGGCUUGAAAAACCAAUUUCACUUGACGAUAUAAGCAAAGAAAGUUUAGACUAUCUAAUAGAGCUUGCUCGUGCUCAUUUUGACGAAAUGGAUGCUUCUGAUAGUAAUAAUCGAUUAGGAAAACUUAUCGACCGAUUUAAAGAAUAA